AUGGAACAGGAUAUCCACAGCGAUGGAUCCAGCCGGAUGGAGCGCAUCCUCCUGUACAGCUUCCUGCAGAGCUCCUCUAACUGCGAGUUUAGAGACCAACUACAAACCCUGCAAGGCCAGUGGAUUUUCCCUGUCGCAAAGCAGGUCUGCCACUACGACGACGACGGGGACCUGCAGACGGACGGGAAUCGGAGCGGGCACUUGCAGAACGGUGAGCUGGUGCUCGCCGCUGAGGACAUGGGGAACGAGGAAAUCUUCCGGAUCAUUGGUGCUCAGCUUGCAGAGAUUGGAGACCAGCUGGAUAAAGAAAUCCAAGCAAGAGUAGUAAACGAUCUUGUACAGCAUUUUCUGAAUGAGAAUUUGUCUAGAGAGGAGAUAACCCGGUGCCUGUCACAGGCAGUGGAAGGGCUUGCAAGGGCCAUCCCCUCAGACAUGGAACAGGAGAAGGCCUUGUUGGUGCUAGCAAUGGUCUUAACUAAAAAAGUUGCAAAUAGAGUGCCCUCCCUUCUCCAGCGCAUCUUCAGCACCACUGUGAACUACAUCAACCAGCACCUCCACACCUACAUCGUCCGAAUGCUGCGUGGGUGAGAAGGCUCGGCUCCAGCU